CAGGCCAAGCGAGACCCGGCGGCGGAGACGCCUCUCUCCCGGUGGCGGCUCGUCUCCACGAUGUGGCCCGGGCAGUUCCUGCUCCACAGCGGGCUGAGCGACCCCGAGAGCGUCAGGUUCAGGAUGCCGUGGUAUAUCUUCUGCUCCAUAUCGUUCUGCGUCAUGGGCGCCGCUUUCGUUGCGCAGGUGUCCAUGCUGUGGGACAAGACCGCCGACGUGGUACAUGGCCAGGACGGCUUUCUCGCGAGUGCUGUCACUGCGGCCUUCGCUGGCACUAACUUGUGGCUUGCUUGGUGCUUCCUCAAGAACGUGACCGUCUCGUGCCGAACGUGAGCUGACCUGCAAGCUUAUUUACGUAUGCUUCCACUCGCAGCUUCACCGUUUUCACUCGUCGCUUCUGUGCCCUUCACCGCUUGCACCGCUUGAAGGUUUGUUCGUUACCAUUCGAAACUUCAUCCACUUCUUGAGAGAUGUGUUUUUUGUUCCAGUCAACUCUUCUCUCACUUGCAUGGAGUGAUGAUGUCGCAGAUCAC